AUUCAAUAUGGCGUUUACAGUGUAAACCUACAUGGGUUACGAUUGAGCUCCUCUGUCUGGUGGUUUUCGUUUUUUUGUGACCAAACUUGUAAUGCGCCCGUCUUCAAAGUCUUUCCCUACACUCCAGUAGUCGUUUGCCACCCUAGAAGAAUGGCAACCUUUGCCAAAGAGGAUGGCGGUUUCUCAGAUCCUGUUGACGACGGUCCCCCGUCUUAUACGGAAAACCUCAUUGGGACUCUUCUUGCGAUAUUUGGGAACGUGCUCGUCAGCAUUGCUGUGAGCAUUCAGAAAUAUGGCCAUGUAGUGCUGGCUGGAACCAAAGACCAGCGGGCCUUCUACAGAACCAAGACCUGGUGGUGUGGACUGCUGUUCACCCUACUGGGAGAGGGAACCAUCUUCGCAUCGUACGCCUUCGCCCCUAUAUCGCUCAUAGCGCCUCUCAGUGCAGUCUCCGUCAUCGCGAGCUCCAUCCUUGGCUUUGUAUUCCUGAGGGAGAAAUGGAAGGCUAAGGAGUUUUUAAAGCGCUACAUCUUGUCCUUCCUGGGCUGUGCCCUGACCGCGGCGGGGACGUACCUCUUCGUGACGUUCGGCCCAAACUCCCACGAGAAGCUGAACGCAGAGAACAUCAUUAAGCAUGUGAUUGGAUGGCCCUUCCUGCUGUAUCUGCUUCUUGAAAUCAUCGCCUUCUGUCUGCUGCUCUACUUCUACAAACAGCGCAAUGCCAAUUACCUCAUCAUCAUCCUCAUGCUCGCAGCACUGCUGGGGUCGGUGACGGUGAUCACGGUGAAGGCGGUGUCCGGCAUGGUGGUGCUGAGCAUCCAGGGCUCCAUGCAGCUGGGCUACCCCAUCUUCUACGUCAUGCUCGUCUGCAUGGUGGCCACCGUCAACUUCCAGGCCAGGUUUCUGUCCCAGGCGUCGUGCCUCUACGACUCCUCGUUGAUUGCAAGUCUGAACUACAUCCUGUCCACAACCUUUGCUAUUGUAUCAGGAACCAUUUUUUAUCUGGAAUUUAACCAUGAAGAUAUUCUCCACAUCUGCAUGUUCCUGUUGGGGUGCUUCAUCUGCUGUCUGGGGGUCUUCCUCAUCACCAAGAACCGCAAGAAGGCCAAAGCGUUCGAGCCCUACGUCACCAUGGACAUGGUUCAAGGCGUUCCCACCAUCCAUGACAAGGGCUGGGCAGUCCAACCCGACUACAACGGCUCCUUCUCGUACGGCGCACUGGUCAACAACGACAGCGUUGCCCCAGCAACCCUCCCUGUGAGCCAGGAGCAUGUCACCGUGGUACCCACCCCCCAGAGAAACUCCGAGCUGAAGAGAGACUAACGGGGACCCCCCCCGACGCACCCCACGCAUUCCACACCCCCUCUUCUGGCCACGCCUCAUUUACCCACGGAGCCAAAACAGGUGGAGCCUCCUCAUUACACACACACACACACACACACACACACACACACACCUCUCCUUCCUCACCAGAGACCUCUUCCUCUCAGACAGGAAGCCUUUGUUUUUAUUAAGACGGUUUGAGAAGCAGAAGAUAAACAUGAUGAUGUUGCAAAAGAAUCAGCAAGUCACGUGGAAUACUGUCGUCAUGGUGACUCCAUAUUGUAACGUGCGUGGUAAUGUGCCACCCCCUUAACAAAAAGCGUCGUCUUGCAUCGAGCACUUCCGCUGUCAGACGAGUGCAGAGAAGACUCUUCUCCAGCCCUCACUUCUCGUCUGAUCUGCUGAGCUUCAGGCGCAUUCCCCAUGAACUGCUGACCACACCUGGAUACGACUCCACUCAACCACACCUGGAUACGACUCCACUCAACCACACCUGGAUACUUUACCUCGGCCCACUGGCUGUGAAAAGACUAGCCACUCCAAUAGGGACUGUUGUUUAGUCGUGUCUUUCUUUGUUUUCUCUCUCUCUGUCUCUCUCUCUGAGAUCCUGCUCAUUGUCAGGAACCCUAAAUGUGUUAUUGUAGCUCACCAGGCUGAAAGCUUUGUUGACAUGUGUGGUGUUGUCUUUCCUGUUAAGUUCCUUCAUUGGUAUACAGAAAGACGUUAGACCUUAAGAAAAAAGCUGCUAGCAGGAUCAAAGAUAAACAAAAAAAACAAUACAAACACAGACCUGAGGUGAUCUGUGACAAUAUAGGCAGGGUGACCAAUCAGGCUCUCCGUUGGUAACCAGUGAGAUGUCGGCACACUCCAUGGUACUGCUGAAAAAGAAUGACUUUGAGAUCAAGCCACGUUCCAAAGCAGUUCUGUACUGGGAAAGAUUUCUGUCUCUGGUUUUGUUCUUCUAAUUCAUGUUUGUACAAAAGUCAUAGUAUGUGAACAUGAGGAUCACGGUUACGGAACGGACGAGUUGUUUUUAUAAGUGUCAUUACCCGUGGCUUUUAACGAAGUGCAAAUAGUUCCCAAGACGUUUCCUGUUGAGGCUGUGAGGGAGAAAUGUACUGCUGCGCAUCACUUCUCCAGGAAGUAGUGUUGACCAAUGAAACGCACGCGUGUGUAAAGACUGCCUUAUCCCGGAGGUUCCUCUACUGGACGUCAAUUUAACCUUUGUGGUCUCCAUAAUUUCCAAGUGCCUAGUGCUCUCUGAUUUUCACGUGCGCUCUCAAGUUGUGUAGCUUUUUUCAUGAUGCUGUCUGUCUUAAAGAAAUAACGAUUCCAUGCUUUUGGGAGUGUUUAGCAUGGGUGUUCAGGUACAGAUGAAGACUACUGAAAGCCUUUAAUGAGUAAUACUUGCUGUGUUCAUGGGUUUGGAUUUUAUUGUACUGAUGUCAUAACUGUUGUCAAAUAUUAAUUUAUUACUC